AUGAACACCACGAUGAACACCCUGGACAAACGCCUUUUCCAGGGUGUUCACCCGAGCACAGAAAGCCUCCUCGAGGUGUUCAGACAGACUCUUAUCGUGUUUUAUCGUGCGGAGCCGAAGAGCCCAGCCUCCCCCAGCCUCACGCGAGAUAUAUCUCCAAAGCAACCCGCAAACGAGACGCCAACUCCCCUGUCCCUGUCCAUUAUUUCGGCGUUCAUCCCGGUUGGUGAAAUGGAGUUCGAGGUGCUGAAAAGGACGAGAGCCAAGUCUCCGUGCUUUUGGGUGGGACAACUGGAUUGUUCCCCUUCCCACGGAAGCGAUUUGGCGAGGAUCCUCGCAAGCGAAUAUCAGGCUUUGUUACCACCUCGCACCUUCACUCCAGUGCCGGAGCCACAGAUUCUUGGGAAGAGUAUCCGGAAAGUCAAAGGACAGCAAAGCCUUCGCGACCUUAUUGAGAGAGAUAAGCAAGUAAUCUCCGUCUCUUCGGAUUGCGACACUCUCGUCGGUUCGGAAUCGCCUCGUUCGCCCCUCUCGCCAACGUCAGAACAUCCCUCUGAGGAUGAAGAUCCACCUUUGUCCCCGACUCACUCCGAACAAAAAGCGCAUCUACAUUACCAAGUUGCAGCCCAGGAUGCAGUACAAGAAGAAAAACCAUCAAACCCAGCAUCAGUUCAACCAACAGCUGUUGGCUUCCAGCUCUGCCUUGACCUCCUGACCGAACAACUCUCCACGGGACUCUUCAAGAAGCACCCCGCAGAGGAGCUAGAUAGUCCUUCCAGCCUCCAGCUUCUGCUCAUGAUUGAAUCCUACGAGUCUAUACGGCAGCAGAUCCGUCGCGCGAAAUCCAACCCUUCGCUGACGGGCAAGCAAUUCGAUCACAUGAUCGAUAUCGAGCAGACCUUGGAGCAUUGGCUUCACGCCUUGUAUGGUGUUUAUGAUAACACCGUCGCCGACACUAAGGUCAAUAAUGAUAGCGCUGACAGCGCCACGGUCAGCAAUGAUAGUGUCGAGAGCUUUCACAGCUGCCUGUCAUAUAUCUCGACUUCGGCAGAAGCGCCAUCUUCAGUCGCGGGGGAGCCUGCGUGUGUUGAUGAGUUGGAGACCAUGGAGGAAAUUGCAGAAGCCGCAAAAGCGAUCCGGGCGUUGGUGGACACGGGAGCUCGGGAAUUGAUGCCCGAACGCCCUAUUGUCGUCCGCCGACAUUGUGCUGCUUGGAUUAUAUGGCGAGUAGCACAAUGCGGAGGAUUGAAUAUGCAGGACGGAGCCUUGAUCCGCACUGCUGAUAAAGCCAAGUUGGAGACCUCCUCACAACCCCCGAAUGGUUUCUGUGCCAUGGUCUUUCCUGGGGAGUACAAUUAUUCCCUACAAAACAAGGACCUUUCGCCACGUAUCAGGACGGAAAAGCUUCCCUUCCGCCCUCUCCAAGUCCGAAUCGCCCUCUCGAAGUUUUGGUCGACUUCCACAGGCCCAAGUUUUGCACUUGGUUCGCCCCACCAGCCACUCCCAUCUCAUCGCUUCUCUCACUCGACACUUGACAACCCGCAUAUCGCCCCCAGAAUCCUGAGACACAACCCAGUUGCGUUGUUUCCCCAGCUGGGGCGUCGAGCUGGCAUCGCGGCUGGCUACGCUCCAUGA